AUGUCUUUUGAGCCAGAACUUAUUGAUAUUGAAAAAGAUCGGGAGUUUUCAGAGAUCAUGCAUGGGAAAGAUGCAGCAAAUGAACGAGGAUUAUUUUCAGCUUUUAAGAAAGAUAAGGACGCACAAAAAGUAGCACUAGACUCGUAUUUUGGAUUUUGGAGUGAUAAGCAUUUGUCAGAGAAAAAUGAUUUUUAUCGUAAGGAACGUUUCAGGUUUUAUGCUACUCUUACUCGUCAUUAUUAUAAUCUUGUUACGGAUUUUUAUGAAUAUGGAUGGUCAACAUCAUUUCAUUUUUGUCGUUUUGCAAAGGAUGAAACGUUUCAGCAGGCAAUUGCUCGACAUGAGCAUUACAUUGCGUUACAUGCCGGGAUACGCGAAGGCGAAAUGGUAUUGGAUGUUGGAUGCGGAGUUGGUGGACCAGCAUGUCAGAUUGCUGUUUUUACGGGUGCAAAUAUUGUGGGAUUGAAUAAUAAUGAUUAUCAAAUUGAGCGAGCGAAAUAUUAUUCACAAAAAAAGGGAUUAACUGAUAAAUUGAGGUUUGUUAAGGGCGAUUUUAUGCAAAUGCCUUUUACAGAUAAUUCAUUUGAUAAAAUAUAUUCUAUUGAAGCAACAAUUCAUGCACCUUCUUUAGAAGGUGUUUAUUCGGAAAUUUAUCGAGUCCUUAAGCCUGGGGGGAUUUAUGCUUCAUAUGAAUGGGUUAUGCUUAAUAAGUAUGAUGAAAAUAACCCUGAGCAUCAACAAAUUGUAUAUGGAAUUGAGAUUGGUGAUUCUAUUCCUAAAAUUUCUAAAAUUGGAGAUGCAGAAGCAGCCUUAAUCAGGGUGGGAUUUGAAAUUAUUCAUUCUGAGGAACUUUCUACAAAAAACAGCGCACUUCCAUGGUAUUAUUAUCUCGAAGGUGAUUUGAGGAAGGCUAGAUCGUUCAGAGAUUUUAUUGCUAUUGCUCGUAUGACAACAGUUGGGAAAUGGCUUGUUAGUUCUUUUAUAGGACUUAUGGAAUUUAUCGGUCUUGUUCCAAAGGGUAGUAAGAAAGUUAACGAUAUUUUGUUAGUUGCAGCAGAUUCCCUUGUAAAAGGUGGAAAAAAGGAAAUAUUUACUCCUAUGCAAUUAUGGGUUUGUAAAAAACCUUUGACUUAG